UCUCCCGGCGAUGCGGUUUUCUCCUCCCGGGCCGAGUACGCGGGCCUGGCCACCCCCGGGAGCGGGGAGCCCGCCCGCGUUGCCCGCCCCCGCCCCGCCUCUCUGCCCGUGUAAGGCUGCGGGCGGCCGCGAGGGUUUCGCCUACCGCCCUCGGCCCAGCCCGCCCGGCCGCCAGUGAGGGCCGGCCGCGCCGUGCCGCUCCUUUCCGUGCAGCCGGGAGUCUCCGCGCCUUCGCUCGCUUCCCCUCGGCUCGCCCCGUCCCCGGCGCGCUGUCCCGGCUGCUCUCCCAGCGCUCUCCGGCGGCGGAGGGGCGGUGGCGGCUCCUCGCUUCCGCCGGCAGCUCGCCCGUCGCUGCUGGUGUGGGACGGCCGCCAUUUUGUGAGAAGAGGCGGCGGCGCGCCCGACGGCUAGUCGGUAGCGGUACGUGGGGCGACGUCUCUCCGCCGCCAGCGAGGAGGACCUUAGAAGAAUGCAUGUUUUGCUUCUAUAUCUCAUCUGAGAAACAACUAAACUCUCUGAGGAUCUAAAAUGACUGACUCUCAAAAUGGAUAAAUUUCCAGACAGUGUGCUGAAGCAUGUUUUUACCAAGAUCUGUUAAAGUCAAGAGGACUGCUGAUGAGGACAAAAAUUGUACAGCUAAGAAAAAUAGAUUGUCUUCUGGAGGGUCUUUGCUAGAGGAGACCACCGAGUUCCAAGACUGUAAGUCAGAUAGAACAGAAACUUCUGCUUCAAAAUGCAAUUUGAAUGAAGUUGUACAAGAAUGUACAGAACGUAUAGCUGGAGACCUUGGUGUUGCUAAUACAACUUCGGGAAAGGACAACCAAAAUAUUGAUGAAGAUAGCUCUUUGGAAGAACCCAUAAAAUCCUUCAGCAAAUCUCAGCGUUGGGCAGAACCUGGAGAACCUUUAUGUGUUGUGUGUGGUCGCUAUGGAGAGUACAUCUGUGAUAAAACAGAUGAAGAUGUUUGUAGCUUGGAAUGUAAAGCCAAACACCUUCUACAAACUCAAGCAAAGGAAAAAAAGCUAAAAUCUGAUCAACUCACAAAAGCAGAAUCUGAAGCAGAAACUCACCUGCUUAGUACACCUUAUUUCUACAAAGAUCAUUCCUUUAUUUUAGGUUUGCGAGAUGAGCAGAUUGAGAACCUUAAACUGCAGCUAGGUAUUGCUGUCCAGGGCCAGCAGGUUCCAAGACCUAUUGUAGAGUUUGAACACUGUGGUUUUCCUGAAACUUUAAACCAUAAUUUAAAGAAUUCUGGCUAUGAAGUCCCAACUCCCAUCCAAAUGCAAAUGAUCCCUGUUGGACUAUUGGGGAGGGAUAUUGUGGCUAGCGCAGACACUGGCUCCGGAAAAACAGCAGCCUUCCUACUCCCUGUUAUUAUGAAGGUUUUGAAAGAGACAGAAACUCCAUCCGCCCUUAUUUUGGCACCAACAAGGGAGUUAGCAAUUCAGAUAGAGAGACAAGCUAAAGAACUGAUGGCUGGUUUACCAAACAUGAGAGCAGUUCUCCUGGUAGGAGGUUUACCACUGCCACCACAGCUUCACCGUCUCAAGCAAAGUGUUAAGGUUAUAGUAGCAACACCUGGAAGACUUCUUGAGAUCUUAAAGCAAAGUUCUGUUCAACUGCAUGGCAUAAAAAUUGUAGUGGUGGAUGAAGUAGAUACCAUGUUAAAAAUGGGUUUCCAGCAGCAAGUGUUGGAUAUUUUGGAAGACAUUUCUCACGAUCAUCAAACCAUACUGGUGUCAGCCACGAUUCCAGUGGGCAUUGAAAACUUAGCAAAUCAGCUUCUGCACAAUUUUGUAAGAAUAACAAUUGGAGAAAAGAAUCUGCCGUGUUCCAAUGUUCGCCAAAUUAUCUUGUGGGUAGAAGAACCCUCUAAAAAGAAAAAGCUGUUUGAAAUACUAAAUGAUAAGAAACUCUUCAAGCCUCCAGUGUUGGUAUUUGUGGACUGUAAGUUAGGAGCAGAUCUGUUGAGCAAUGCUGUUCAUAAGAUUACAGGAUUGCAGUGUACAGCUAUGCAUUCUGAAAAGUCUCAGGUGGAAAGAACAGAUAUAUUACAGGGAUUACUUCAAGAGAAGUAUGAAGUUAUAGUAAGCACUGGAGUCCUUGGACGAGGGCUUGACCUUGUCAAUGUCAAACUGGUAGUAAAUUUUGAUAUGCCUUCAAGUAUGGAUGAAUAUGUACAUCAGGUUGGAAGAGCAGGGAGGUUGGGUCACAGUGGAACUGCAAUCACUUUUAUCAAUAACAACAGCAAGAAGCUUUUUUGGGAUGUCGUGAAGAGAGUAAAACCAACAGGCACCAUUCUUCCCCCGCAGCUGCGGAAUUCCCCGUAUCUUCAUGACCAAAAGAGAAGGGAACAACAGAGACUUAAACAAUUACAGAAUAGCCUUGUAACAGGGGAUAAUAUUAUGGACAUUAUUAGAAAACAUGACAAAAAUAAUUCUCAGAGGUAAUAAAGAUAUAUUUAUAGUUAUGUAAUUAUAAUGAAAGUGUGAUUAAAAAUAAACAUGGAAUUAUGA